AUGGGAGGAAGCUGCAAGGAUCAGAAAAUAGCAUUAGCAGUCUGUUUACAACGCUCACCAUGCGUGCUAAUACAAAGACACACACCCAAGGAAUGUCUAACUGAUCCCAACCUCAAGAAAGAUUUACCCGAGCUAUGUAAAGCCAAUUUUAGGGCGUUUAUGGAAUGCAAGCGCGGGUCUAUCGAUAUGAGGAAACGAAUGAAGGGGAAUGCGCCAUUGUCAACGGGUAAAUAUGAUGAUCUGUAUGAUAAAUUGUCGUCGGGGAAUUUCGAUCCUGAGGAAGAGAUGAGGAAGUUGGAUGUUAUGAAUAGGAACUUGUCGAAACAGCAACAAUUGCAAGAAGAGAAGGAGAGGUUAAGAUUGGAAGGGGAGUGA